GACGUCAAAUUCAAGAUGGAUGGAAUCACAGCAGCAGCCGCACGGCGGUGACCUGGGAGAGGCGGUGGAAGAAGACGAUAACAAUACAAAGCGAGCAAGCUGUGAGAUAAGUCUAACAGAAUGGAAGGACUCAUCCAUUACCUAAAUCCAGAGCAUGCAAGCUCCAUGCUAAGUGCUUUAAACGAAGAACGCCUGAAAGAAGAAUUUUGCGAUGUUCUUCUGAUUGUCGGGGACCAGAAAUUCCGCGCUCACAAAAAUAUAUUGGCUGCUACCAGUGAAUACUUCCAAAGCCUGUUCACUGAAAAGGACAAUGAAUCCCAAACUGUCUUUCAACUAGACUUUUGUGAUGCAGAUGUAUUUGAAAACGUUUUGAACUACAUAUAUUCCUCAUCGAUAUUUGUGGAGAAGAGCAGUCUUGCAGCUGUACAGGAACUGGGUUAUAGCCUGGGUAUCAACUUCCUGACAAAUAUAGUUUCCAAAACGCCGCAAACACCUUUUCCUUCCAUUAAAAAUGCAGAAUUUAAAGAAGAGGAUGAAAGUGGGUCUCAACAAAGAAGCGUUAUUGUUUGUCAGAACCGAAUUGAGGCUCAGGAGAGAGACAUUAGUCAUUUGCACCAUGACAAAAGUCGUCCUUUAAAACCCUCAUUAUUGCCUCAAGGAAAGACACAUGGAAAUAGGCCGCUCAUGAGGUUAUCAGAGCCACCAAACAGUUUGCUCUCUGAAAGAAAAUGGCGUAACUCUUAUGUCUCAGAUGAUCAAGGUAUAAGCAGAUCGGUAAAAAGAAAAUCCACUUUGCCUCAAAAAUCAUUUCCCAGCCUAGAAAGCAAUGACAAGCCUGGCAUAAGUGGAUGUUUGUUGAGAAAUACAUCUGAAACAUUUGAGAAGCAAAUGUUAGCAUCUGUACCACCUUCUUACUCAUCGUCGGAAUAUCCAUAUUCCAGUUUAAUAAGAGGGAAGGAAAGUGUUCCAAUUAAAGAGGAAGAAGAAGAAAACGUGGUAUAUUACUCUAAAGUUGGACUAACUUCUUCUGCUGGGUCAACGCAUCAAAACACUGAUCGUAGUGGCCCACUGGUCAAAAGUCUUCUUCGAAGGUCUUUAUCUAUGGAUAGUCCAGUCCCGGCAUACUCCCAUUCUCCAGAUUUUUCUUUAGAGGGAACAUCAGCAAUGAUCGAGAACUGUAACAAGGCAGUGGCAAUUGCAGGUUUCCAUAACCAAUCAAAAACAGAUCUAGAUCUAGAUGCCAGAGACAAUGCACAAGAAAAAUGCAACUUAAAAAUAUCCUUUGUAUCUUCCAAACCACACUCCAGGGAGUCGAUACCAGAAAAGGAUGUUCACAUAAAGAAAGAACCUGGUAGCCCUCCUUCAGAAACAAGUGAGAUAUUUAGGGUUACAGUGGGAGACACUUCACAACCUUCAAAUAGAGAUGUUCCUAUUAAAGCCGAAGAGACUCCAAAUAUAAUAAAAAUGCCAAUUAAAAGAAAGCUUCAAGCAGACAGACGUAUGCUGCCAUCUAGAAGAGUCAAAAUGAAAUCGGCCAUCUCCCCUGAUGCUACUCUUGAAGAAGGAGCUUUGAUUUUAGAUGCUGACUCUUCCGACUCAGAAAGCAGCAGAGAGCUCUAUGGAGAAGCAAGUGAAUCAAGACAAAAUAAAAAGUUCAAGUGUAAACAUUGCCUAAAAAUAUUUCGGUCAACCGCUGGACUCAAUCGCCAUGUAAACAUGUACCACAACCCAGAGAAACCGUAUGCCUGUGACAUUUGUCAUAAAAGGUUUCACACAAACUUUAAAGUAUGGACACACUGCCAAACCCAGCACGGCAUUGUUAGGAAUCCAUCUCCUGCCUCGAGUGGCAGCACUGUAUUGGAUGACAAAUUUCAACGAAAACUAGUUGACAUUGUAAGAGAACGAGAGAUCAAAAAAGCACUUUUGUUUAGGUUAAGGCGUGGCAAACAGGGCUUUCAAGGAUCUUCAGGUAGUCCAGCACAAGCCCUCCGAAGAAGUCUACGCUCAAGAUCAAAAAGCUCUUACAUAUGUAACCAUUGUGGCAAAUCUUACCGCUUUCUCUCUCAGUUUAAACAGCACUGCAAGAUGCACCCAGGGGAAAAAAAUCCAUUUGGGAGCAAGGAAAAUAAGCCCAAAGCGCCUUCUCCCCCAAAGAGCCCAGUGGAUAACAAAGAGUUCUUCAACUGUCGACUCUGCAAUGCCAAAUUUCCAUCUUUUGUCGAGCAAGGUAACCAUGAACGGAUGUGUCGAAAUGCAACACUAUGCCCUUACUGUAGUCUUCGAUUUGCCUCGCCGGAUCUAAAAAAUGAACAUGAAAGCAAAUGCGAGUACAAGAAGCUCACGUGUCUCGAGUGUAUGCGUACUUUUAAGUCUUCUUUCAGUAUCUGGCGGCAUCAGGUGGAAGUUCACAAUCAAAACACGAUGGCUCCGACAGAGAACUUUUCCUUGCCGUUGAUCGAUCACAACGGAGAAGUAAGGGCUGCAUCAAGGAUGAGAUCGUUGGCCGAAUCAAGCAAAGUGAACAGCUUUCUUGCUUUGAAGGAAGACGGAAUUUACAGUGAUUCGUCGGACCAUAUGAACUUCGAUUCCGAGGACUCCAAUUGUCUGCCCGAGGAUCUCAGCCUUUCAAAGCAGUUUCAUGUUCAGGUCAAAGAAGAGCCUGCAGACGACAUGGAAGAUGGCAGCGAAUCAAACUUUGGUCACAAAGAAGAUCUCUCCGAUUCUGAAAGGGGGGUGUGGGCUUGUGAAAAGUGUGGGAAGAUUUUCACUGUGCACAAGCAGCUGGAGCGGCAUCAAGAGCUGCUGUGCACUGUGAAACCAUUCAUUUGUCACGUAUGCAACAAAGCAUUCCGAACCAACUUUCGCCUGUGGAGUCAUUUUCAGUCACAUAUGCCGAAUGUGGAUGACUCUUCAUUGAAAGAACCUGAAGCUAGUGCCCCUCUAAGUUCCCCAUCGCCGCCACCUCCUGCACCACCACCACCUCCUCCUCCACCACCACCUAAACUUCAGCCUGCAGUACAGCCCAGCUGCACAACAUACCCCGAAAAAAUAACUUCUCCAAAAAUGUUUGCACCUCAAGAGUCGGACACUCUCUUUUAUCACGCUCCCCCCCUUUCAGCCAUCACUUUUAAAAGGCAGUUCAUGUGUAAACUUUGUCAUAGGACAUUCAAGACUGCCUUCAGCUUGUGGAGUCACGAACAGUCACACAAUUAAGGUUCUUUGAACGCUGGUGCUAAAUACAUUAAUUUGUAUGAAAUUCUUAUUACCACUUAGAACAGUAGCCUCUGAAGAUCUUCACAUCUGACCAAUUUUUCUUGGUGUUAGAUAAAUCAGAUGAUGUGCAGUUACACAGUCUAAUAUGUUGUCAGUUUAAGGUGUUAAUAAUCAAUGGGACAGAUUCAGUUCAAUGAGAAAAAUGAAGAAGAAACUGGAACUGAAUUCGGAGAAAAAGUUAUUCUUCUGGAACUGAAUCUGUUCCGCGAGUCCUUCGGGCCAGAUUCAGUCCAAUGAGUAAAAAGUUCUCAUGGUUUAUGAAGUGAAAACUUACGUACGAGGUUCAAUUUGAGAAGAAAAAUACAUUUUCUCCCAAUUCAGUUUGUUUUAUCCCCAUAGACGUCAGUAGCUUUUUGAGAAAUGUUUUUGUGAAUCAAAUUGAAUCUCAUGUGAUAAAACCUUUUUCUCACUGAAUUUAAUCCGGCCCAAUAUGUUUUUUUUUCCAUAUGCAUGAACUCCUGUCCCUUUCCUAGUCCUCUUUUUAAAAAAAAAGUGACUAUUUGUGUUUUUUUUAUAUUAUUUUAUAUUGGGUUUUUUUCCCUUAUGAUUGGAGGUGUGCACAGACUUAAACGUAUUAGGCAUCAGUGUGAAUACACCGCGAUAAGGGCAUUUAAACCCCAAAAUAAACUUUGGCAUAAUGAAAGAAAAUGUAACUUUAUAACGUGCAUUCAUUAUGAAUUUUCAGUGGUUUUAUCUUUAUUUAUUUAUAAUUGCUAUUGAAAGCAGUAUUCAGGAGUCAUUUACGACAACCCAGGGCAGAAGCAAAGGUCCCCAUACACGGGACAAUUGUAGCUGGUGAUAUCGGUCCCUUGGACUGAUUCAGCUACUUAUUGGCCCGUGUAGGGGCAGAAACGAGGGGCAUGUCCGACCAAUAUCUGGCCUGAAAUUGGCCAGAUAUUGAUCAGGCAGGUUAAAAGAUUUAGUCGGAUCGGGGACCGCAUUGGCUUGUUGAUGCGGUCCCAGAACCUAUUGCCCCAUUGCCGCCAUUAUUAUUAUAAUUGGCCCUGGGGCUAAACGACCGAAUUAGCUUACAUGUUCCCCAAUAUCGGCCACCCGUAGAUGGGGAAAUCGGGUGAAGAUCUGCUCGCUUGGCGACCUCGCCAAGCGAGCGAAUCUUCACGUGUAUGUGCCCCUCAAGAGCAGAUGGGAGGGGGAUGUCUACAUGCCUUCCCUCGCUUGCCCCUCAUGAAUUCAGUGCCAAAAGCAGGCCAUGCUUUAUUCACGGAGGACAGGGCUGUAAAGUCGUUAUAUAAAUCCUUCACCUAAUUCCUAUUGUACAGGUAUAGGACCCGUUAUCCAGAAUGCUUGGGACCAAGGGUAUUCCGGAUAAGGGAUCUCUCCGAAAUUUGGAUCUCCAUAGCUUAAGUCUACUAAAAAAAAAAAAUCAAUAAAACGUUAAUUAAACCCCAUAGGAUUGUUUUGCAUCCAAUAAGGAUUAUUUAUAUCUUAGUUGGGAUCAAGUACAAGGUUUUAAAUUUCUAUAUUAUUUGAUUAAAAUGGAGUCUAUGGGAAACAAGUUUUCCGUAAUUCGGAGCUUUCUGGAUAUGGGAACUCAUACCUGUACCACAGACUCCGACUCCAGGUACCAAAAAUUGCCUCCUCAAUUUAUGGUAACCACUAAAUCCAGGUACCAAAAAUUACUUCCGAGUCCACAGCUCUGGACUGUGAAGUCGGUACAUAAAUCCUUCAACUCUGACUUCUCAGUUUAUGGUUCCCACUGCUCCAGGUACCCAAAAUUGCUUCCGACUCCACAGCUUUGAUUGAGGCUGCUUCAAAAUGGACAGCAGAGACCUGUGGCAAUUCAAAAAUAGUGGAAGGCAGGGUGCGAAGUGCAACAAAAAAUGAUUUUACAUUUUGUGCCCUGCCUUCCUCUUGGUAAAUGAGCCCUGACAAUAGAAAGGGAGAAAAAAGCACCACUUUUGAUAGCAAUUCCAUUUACAAAUAACGUUACAGCCGCUGAAAUUUUUUUAGAAAUAUUGAAAAUUUGCUUGAAAUUACAUUUUGUUUCAUUAGGCAGAAUUCAUGAAUUUAUUUUUUUUGUUAAUAUCCCCUUUAUUUUCAUUUUGUUUUUCUUUUUACCAAGUAAAAAUUUUGUAAAGCUCGGAUUUGGAUUGCCAAGAACGCGGGUUGUGAAUAUUCUGUUCAGUUUUAGUGAAGAGAUUGCUGAUAAGGAGUUUGGGGGAUGCCUACCCAGCAGCCACUGGUUUUUUUCCCUAUUUAGGAGUAUAUAUAUUUUUUAACGUGUACAAUUUAUUUUCUUUCAUGAAUAGUGGCAACUGAGUUUCUGUGAAAAUGUUCAUUUCAUUAUCAUGAUUUAUUUAACCUAAAACCUGGAAUAAAACUUCUCUCGAUCCGAAGGUAACAUUAACACUUAAUACUCUGGCGCAGAUCCGUACUAGGUUUACUCUCUAGAUAACUACGCUGUGUGUUGGCGCCUUAAUCGUACGCUCAUUAUUAUUAUUAUUAUAUUGAGGGAUUAAAUGUGGAAUCUGACCCUCAACUUUCCUAUUGGUUAUUCUUAAUAAUGCCCCAGAGUGGGGCGAUUCUGGUUGCAGCGUUCCAACGUUCACGUAGCGUUCCCUGUUAUAGAUAUAGGACUGCUGCUUUAUUUAUUAUUCGCUGUUCUCCUUAAACAUUUUUGAAAAGGAAUGAUAAAAAUAAGACGAAAAUGGGUAAAAAAAGCACAAUAAUUGCUAUAACAAUUUACAUAAUGUUUGAUGUUUAAGUAUUUCAAAUUAAACAUUUUUGAAUGAAA